CGGCAAAUCCAUUAUAAGCAUGCGCACAAAAAUUCAAUGCAACACACGUGUUUGCGUCCAGUGUACCGAAGGGAUCCAACGCGCUAUCUGGAAGUAUUUUAAGAAUAUAAGCAACAAUUUUAGUCUUUCUGAAGUUAAUCCUUACGCUACAGUUUCAUAAAAUAUCCUCCGUGAAGCAUUCGCCGAGAGGGCCACAAGUAUUCAACGGGCUUCCUCAAUUUUGUUCAACUACUUGCUCACAAAAGCUACAAUCAUGACUGAGGCAGAUGUGAAUCCUAAAGCCUACCCUCUGGCAGAUGCCACUCUGUCCAAAACCAUUCUGGACCUCGUGCAGCAAGCGUCCAACUACAAACAGCUGAGAAAAGGAGCCAACGAAGCUACCAAGACGUUGAACCGCGGAAUCUCCGAAUUCAUCGUCAUGGCGGCUGACGCUGAACCACUGGAGAUCAUCCUCCAUCUGCCGCUGCUCUGCGAGGACAAGAAUGUCCCCUAUGUGUUUGUGAGGUCCAAGCAGGCUCUUGGGCGAGCAUGUGGGGUCUCCAGACCCGUCAUAGCCACCUCGGUGACCAUCAAGGAAGGAUCCCAACUGAAGCCGCAGAUCCAAUCUGUUCAAAUGGCCAUUGAGAGACUUUUGGUAUAAAAAGUGAACUUGGCCAGUUUUCUCCAAUUGCUGAGAUGUCAGCAUGUUUUUUUAUUUGUUUUGUUUUGAUCGCAUACAGUGAAUGACCUCUUUGUAUAUAUAUUUUUUAAAAGUGCAUGUCCAAUGAGUUCACUGUAAACACAAUUAUGAUGGCACAGGAGUGCGAAAAAUAAACGUUUGGUGUAGUUUUAUGUACACCAUCAUAA